CAAGAGUGGAAGACAAGAGGAAAGCAGGACAGAGGCGAGUAGUGGAAGGUGCGAGAGAGUCCUCCCGGUUAUAAAGCCAUGAGCCCCCUUCGAUGGGGGCUUUUGCUCGGCUGCCUGGGCUGUGCGCUCCCGCCGCGGGUGCGGGCGCAGUUCCCCCGGGUCUGCAUGACGGUGGGCAGCCUGCAGGCCAAGGAGUGCUGCCCGCCGCUGGGCGCCGACACGGCCGACGUCUGCGGCUCUCGGGAGGGCCGGGGCCAGUGCGCGGAGGUGCAGAUCGACACCAGGCCCUGGAGCGGUCCUUACGUCCUGCGCAACCAGGACGACCGAGAGCGGUGGCCACGGAAGUUCUUCGACCGGACCUGCAGGUGCACAGGAAACUUCGCCGGCUAUAACUGUGGAGACUGCAAGUUUGGCUGGACUGGCCCCAACUGCGAGCAGAAGAAACCCCUGGUUGUCCGGCAGAAUAUCCACUCCUUGACCCCUCAGGAGCGUGAGCAAUUCUUGGGAUCCUUAGACCUCGCGAAGAACACGCCGCAUCCCGACUACGUGAUCACCACGCAACACUGGCUAGGCCUGCUCGGGACCAACGGGACCCAGCCACAGAUCGCCAACUGCAGCAUUUAUGAUUUCUUUGUGUGGCUCCAUUAUUAUUCCGUUAGAGAUACAUUAUUAGGACCAGGGCGCCCAUACAAGGCCAUAGAUUUCUCACACCAAGGCCCCGCCUUCGUUACCUGGCACCGCUACCACUUGUUGUGGCUGGAAAGAGAUCUCCAGCGCCUCACUGGCAAUGAGUCCUUUGCUUUGCCCUACUGGAACUUUGCCACCGGGAGGAACGAGUGUGACGUGUGUACAGACCAGCUGCUUGGGGCUGCAAGAAAAGAUGAUCCGACUCUGAUUAGUCAAAACUCCAGAUUCUCCAGCUGGGAAAUUGUCUGUGAUAGCUUGGAUGACUACAACCGCCGGGUCACCCUGUGUAAUGGAACCUAUGAAGGUUUGUUGAGAAGAAAUCAAGUGGGAAGAAACAGUGAGAAAUUGCCAACUUUAAAAGACAUCCAAGAUUGCCUGUCUCUCAAGAAGUUUGACAAUCCUCCUUUCUUCCAGAACUCUACCUUUAGCUUCAGGAAUGCCCUGGAAGGAUUUGAUAAAGCAGACGGGACCCUGGACUCUCAAGUGAUGAACCUUCAUAAUUUGGUUCAUUCCUUCCUGAACGGGACAAACGCUUUGCCUCAUUCUGCUGCCAAUGAUCCUGUUUUUGUGGUCCUUCAUUCCUUUACUGAUGCCGUUUUUGACGAGUGGAUGAAAAGAUUCAAUCCCCCUGCGGAUGCCUGGCCUCAGGAGCUGGCACCCAUUGGUCACAAUCGGAUGUAUAACAUGGUUCCUUUCUUCCCUCCGGUGACUAAUGAGGAACUCUUUUUAACUGCAGACCAGCUUGGCUAUAGCUAUGCCAUUGAUCUGCCAGUUGAAGAAACUUCAGAUUGGACCACAACCCUCUCAGUGCUUAUGGGGAUGCUGGUGGUUUUGGUUGGUCUUUUUGCACUGCUGCUUCUCCUUCAAUAUAGAAGAGUCCGAAAAGGAUAUACACCCUUAAUGGAGACACAAUUAAGCAAGAAGAGAUACACAGAAGAAGCCUAGAUGCUCACGCCUUACCCUAGAGAAGAGGCUGGCCAAGGCUUAGUUCUGACCCUGACAGUGAGCAAACGAAUCCUCACUGUUUUUCCUUUCAUUGAAGAUCUUUGGCAUAGCUCCUCCUGUUGUGGUGAUCCCAAAUACGCAAGAUGCUCAGCUGUAGUUUCUGGUUUGCUUUGUUUAUCUAACGAACAAGCUAAAGUGCCUGAGGGUGUCUCUACCACCAAACAAAGGUAGAGCUGAUGGUGAUCGGUGGUACUUGUUAAUAAUUCCUCAUAUUGAUUAAGCCUCCUCGUGUUCCGAGAGCACCCCAAAAAAUCGAUAGAGUGGAUUC